CAAGGUUUCUGGACGCUGAUUGGCUCAGGUGAAGUGGUGUGUGUAUGUACAUUUCUCAACAUGUAGAAGUAGAGAUUUAAGAUAGAGGUUGGUCAUGAUGUUUCACAACUCAACCAUGUUUGAAAUGUUGCAGAAAAAUUAUGAAGUAACAAAAAAUUGAAGAAGUGGCAUAAAGUCUUGAACAGUAGAGAAGAAAACAUAUACAGGAAUAAUUGUGAAUCGAAUCACCACAACGAUAAACCAGGCACGUUUCUUACACUUUAAAUAUGAUUUACAUUGACAAAAUGUGAUAUUAGCAGGAUAAACCAGGCACUUCAGCUCCAUCACUGCAAUGGAGGAUUAUUAUAACAUUUUGGAAUAUCCGAUGAGAGUGAUUUCUCUGGUCUUCUUCUCCCUGACCUUGAUCCUCGGUGUUCCUGGAAAUGCCUUUGUCGUGUAUGUUGCUGGAUUGAAGAUGAAGAGGACUGUUAAUACAGUAGGAUUUCUCAGUCUGGCGAUUUCUGACCUCUUGUGCUGCCUUCUCACUAUUUACUAUCUGAUCGGGAGCAAAUUUGAUGAUUAUUGGCCGUACGGAUCCACAUCGUGCAAGAUUUUCCACUUCGUUCUGCACAUCACCAUGUUUGCCAGCGUUUUCACCUUGAACUUGAUUAGUCUGGAUCGGUUUGCUCUGGUGAUCACACCGGUUUGGGCUCACAAUCAUCGCAGCUUGUUCAUCGCACGACUGUCCUGUGCAGCGGCCUGGAUUCUGGCUUUAAUUAUCAGUCUGCCUUUUAUGAUGUCAAGAGAGAUUUACACAGAAAAUAAUGAAACAUACUGUGUGCAUUAUCAAGCUGAUUUUGUCCAUUUGAAAAUGUAUAGAAGGUUAAGCAUCAUCAGAUUUGUGUUUGGCUUUUUGGUUCCUCUCAUGUGCAUCACAACAAGCUACGGAUUCAUCGCACGCAAGUUAGGCAGGAGACAUUUUAACUCUGGACGAGCAUUUCGCAUCAUGCUGGCUGUUAUUUUGGCAUUUUUUCUUUGCUGGCUGCCGUAUCAUAUAGUGGAUUUGAUAAUAAUAUACAGAGAGAAAUCAAGUUCCUUGGUUGCUUUUGCAGUGGAUCCGUUGGCCGUAGCUUUGGCGUAUUUCAACAGCUGUCUGAACCCCAUUCUGUAUGUUUUCAUGGGGCAGGAUUUUAAGAGCAAUGUUAAACUUUCUCUAAGACGUGUUUUUGAAAGAGUUUUCUCUGAGGAGGGAACACAAAUGACACAAACCACCCAGUCCCAGUCACAGCAAACCCACUCACUGUAGUGAAGAUAUUAACUGUUAAACUAUUUCAUUAUUUAUUUCUCUCUCUCUCUCUCUCUCUCUCUCUCUCUCUCUCUCUAUAUAUAUAUA